CGACGCGCUAUCCACGCCGAACCUUUUAUCCGCACCGAAGCCGCCCGGUGCGGACGCGUAAUCCCUCGCGUCCGCAUUUUAGAAACUCAAUCUCGUCCGCACGCCCCGCGAGCGUGCUGGAUCCGACGGUGAUGCGCGCCGCGUCUUCGGAUAAGGGGAAUGAGAAUAAGUUGGCGGAAAUAACAUAAACAUAAGAAAAAGUCGGAAUAAGAAUAGUUCCACACGUCGUCUCCCACAUUCCCAGUUGCGCUCCCGAUAAUAAGAGAAGAGAAGAGAAGAGAAGAGAAAAGAGAAGCACAAACCCCCACCCCCCAAACCCUAGGAGAACUAGGAGAGAGGGAGAACGACGAGGAGGAGGAGGAGGAGGUGAUGUUGCGAUCGUGCGUUCGACCGUUGGAGAGGUGCUUCGGGAGGUUAGGGUUCGGCGGAGGGGACGGGCUCCUGUGGCACCUGGAGCUGAAGCCGCACGCGUCGGGGGAGUUCUCGAUCGCGGUGGUGCAAGCGAACGCGGCGCUCGAGGACCAGGGCCAGGUGCUCACCUCCCCCUCCGCCACCUACGUCGGCGUCUACGACGGCCAUGGCGGCCCCGAGGCCUCCCGCUUCGUCAGCAGCCGCCUCUUCCCCCACCUCGACCGGCUCGCGUCGGAGCAGGGGGGAUUGUCCGCGGACGUGAUCAAGAAGGCGUUCGACGCGACGGAGGAGGAGUUCCUGCACCUGGUGAAGCGGUCGUGGCUGGCGCGCCCGCAGAUCGCGUCGGUCGGGUCGUGUUGCCUCGUCGGGGCCAUCGCCGACGACACGCUCUACGUCGCCAAUCUGGGCGAUUCCAGGGCGGUGCUCGGUCGCAGGGGAGGCGACGGGCGCGCCGUCGUGGCCGAGAGGCUCUCCACCGACCACAAUGUCGCCGUCGAGGAGGUGAGGAGGGAGCUCGCCGCGCUCCACCCUGACGACUCGCAUAUCGUCGUCCAUAGCCGUGGGGUUUGGCGUGUUAAGGGAAUCAUUCAGGUCUCAAGAUCCAUUGGAGACAUCUAUUUAAAGAAACCAGAAUUCAGUAGGGACCCUCUAUUUCAGCAGUUUGUUUCUCCGCUUCCUCUGAAACGGCCUGUCAUGACUGCAGAACCCUCAAUACAAAUUCGUAAACUUAAACAACAUGACCUGUUUCUCAUUUUCGCAUCGGAUGGACUAUGGGAACAACUAAGCGAUGAAGCCGCCGUUGAUAUAGUCUUCAAGAACCCUAGAGCGGGAAUAGCAAAGAGAUUAGUAAGAGCGGCGCUUAACGAGGCUGCGAGGAAAAGGGAGAUGAGAUACAAUGAUAUAAAGAAGAUAGGUAAAGGAAUAAGGCGGCACUUCCAUGAUGAUAUUACUGUGGUGGUGAUCUAUUUGGAUCAUCGUAACCAAAUUGGCCAGUCCCGAAUGAAUCGUGCUUAUGACUGCACGAGUGCGCCUGUUGAUAUCUUUUCCUUCAAUUCGGACGAAUCAGAGGACCCUCUUCGGCCCAAUGUCAGAAUGGAUGCUGGUUGGGGUUGAAAUUGUAAAAUAUAACCUGAGUUGGCUUUUCGUGAAACGAAACUUCUAUAUACAGGGAUGAGUACAUAAGUAGAAUGGAUGAGGAGGGUUGUAUGGGAGACGGAUUACGGCCGACCAGUCGAAAGGAUUGUAAGCGGAUGCAAGAUGCAAUAAAGACUUAAGAGAUGGUGUAUAUAAUGGGAAUUCCUGAGAGCUCGUCUUUCAAAUUCCCCCCCUUUUCUCAUAGUUUUUGACUAUAUUUGUUACUGAUAGGCAACUUCACAUAUUCUUGUUUGAACACUUUUGAUUUGAUUCUUCUAUAAAUAUAUAGUUUAUUCUCAGUAACAUCAGCA